ACCUUGUAUCCGCUCUGUCUCGUCUAGUUACGUACAAAGUUUUAUGCGCGCGCACAAGCGCACACCUUACAGGAACAUCUCCUCCCACUCGACACCCCCUGUCUGUCACUCUGUUGGCUUAGCGAACUCCUCCCCCAUUACUCCUCCCCUCCAGUCGCCUGUGCAUCUCCAUCGUUCUCUCCACCUCCCUUCACUCUCUCCCGCCUGUCUCGGUGCCCUCGCCUCCUGUCACUCUGCCGCUGUCGCUUUCAGGCUCGGGGCCUUUCACACAACAUGGGCCUCAGGUGAUACUAUUGACAGGUCCGCCGGAUCUAGCGGGCGGGGAACAGAGCUACAGAAGAUCGGGCCUGACCGCCCGCACCGGGGGCCUCAUUCACCGGCAGUUUGCUGGUGUUCUGAAGAUAGUUGAAAAGUCUGAAGAGACCAGAAAGUAUGGAGAAUAGGGAAAAAAUCAACAAGGGGGAGGAGGAUGAGAUGGAGAUUGAUGGGUAUAAUUUGUGCCGCUGGAAGCUAGUCCUUGUAGCUAUAGGCGUGUUGUGUAGUGGCGGCUUUCUUCUCCUCCUUCUGUAUUGGAUGCCUAAGUGGCGUGUCAAGGCAACAUGUACUCGAGUGACACUCAAAGACUGUGAUGUUGUGCUGCUGAGAACAACUGAUGAAUUCAGGCAAUGGUUUUGUGCAAAGGUGCGCAUUCUCUUGUCUCCUGUGACUGAUCCAUUCCAGAUUCCUGAAUCCAUAGCAGGCAAAGUGACAAAUGGCCACAUAGGACACCUUCCAGAGACCCCCACAGAGCACCAUGAAGACCAUCCAAUAAAUAAUGCAACAGUUCCAUUACAUGAGGUACGUUAUUUCGUGCAUCACAGUUUGACUUACUACUGGAAUGAUGUUCACCAAACAUUCAGCUUGUUUAAGGGCUUGGAUGAAGGUAUCCAGUGUUCUUCAAUGCACCGUGAGCAUAGCCAGGGAUUAUGUAAAGAAAUACAUGAUUACAGAAAAUUAUUUUAUGGAAUAAAUGAAAUCACUGUUAAAGUGCCUUCUCUUUUUAAACUUCUGGUUAAGGAGGUCCUCAAUCCUUUUUACAUUUUUCAGUUGUUCAGUGUUAUUUUGUGGUGCACAGAUGAAUACUACUACUAUGCAUCUGCCAUUAUGCUAAUGUCUGUAAUAUCCAUUAUCAGUUCACUGUAUACCAUUAAAAAGCAAUAUAUAAUGCUACACGACAUGGUUGCUGCUCACAGUAUUGUCAGGGUGUCCGUGUGCCGAGGAAAUAAGGAAGCAGAAGAGAUUCUGUCAACUGACUUGGUGCCUGGAGACAUCAUGCUGAUACCACCUAAUGGAACAAUUAUGCCCUGUGAUGCUGUGCUGAUCAGUGGAACUUGCAUUGUAAAUGAAAGCAUGUUAACAGGAGAGAGUGUUCCGGUAACGAAAACAAAUUUGCCAGAUCCUACCACAGAUUCCAGAACACCUGAAAAUGAGACCUACAGCACUGAAAUUCAUAAGCGGCACACGUUAUUUUGUGGGACAAAUGUUAUCCAGACCAGAUUUUAUGCUGGAGAGUCUGUCAAAGCCAUAAUUGUUCGGACAGGUUUCAGCACUUCUAAGGGGCAGCUUAUUCGUGCCAUACUUUAUCCAAAGCCAACAGACUUCAAGCUUUACAGAGAUGCCUAUCUCUUCUUGCUCUGUCUUGUAGGGGUGGCUGGAAUUGGAUUCCUUUAUACCAUUGUUAAUAGUAUUCUGAAUAAGGUAUCAGCUGGAACCAUUAUUAUUGAAUCGCUUGAUAUCAUAACCAUCACAGUACCUCCUGCCCUCCCUGCUGCCAUGACUGCUGGUAUUGUGUAUGCACAGAAACGAUUAAAAAAUCUUGGCAUCUUUUGUAUCAGUCCACAGAGAAUAAACAUUUGUGGGCAGCUAAAUCUUGUCUGCUUUGAUAAGACUGGCACUCUUACUGAAGAUGGAUUGGACCUUUGGGGCAUUCAAAGAGUAGAGGAUGCUCGGUUUCUUUCACCUGAGGAAAAAGCAUGUAGUGAGACCUUGGUUAAGUCUCAAUUUGUUGCCUGUAUGGCCACCUGCCAUUCACUUACAAAAAUUGAUGGGGUGCUUUCAGGUGAUCCUCUUGAUCUCAAGAUGUUUGAAGCUAUAGGAUGGAUUCUAGAGGAGGCUACUGAAGAGGAGACUGCACUCCACAACAAAAUGAUGCCAACUGUUGUUCAGCCUCCAAAGCAGCCAAUGACUGACCAAAAACCUGCUGCAAGUCAGGAAAUGGAGCUGUUUGAGUAUCCGACAACUUACGAAAUUGGAAUAGUACGGCAGUUUCCUUUCUCUUCAGCACUGCAGCGCAUGGCGGUUGUUGCUAGAAUUCUGGGAGAAAAGAAGAUGGAUGCAUAUGUGAAAGGGGCCCCCGAAGUGAUAGCCAGUCUGUGCAAACCAGAAACUGUUCCACAUGAUUUUGCUAGUGUAUUAGAAGAGUACACCAAGCAGGGAUACCGUGUCAUCGCACUUGCACACCGAAAAUUAGAGUCUAAAAUUUCAUGGCACAAAGUCCAAAAUAUUAGUAGAGAUGCCAUUGAAAGCAACAUGACUUUUCUGGGGUUAAUCAUUAUGCAAAAUAAACUUAAAGAAGAAACUCCAUCGGUUCUGGAAGACCUACGCAGAGCCAACAUCCGUACAGUCAUGGUCACAGGCGAUAACAUGUUGACUGCGAUUUCUGUUGCACGAGACUGUGGAAUGAUUCUACCUCAGGAAAAGGUCAUUGUAGCUGAAGCACUACCUCCCAAAGACGGCAGGGUCGCCACAAUAAACUGGCAUUAUGCAGACUCCUUGCCAAGAAGUGGUUUGAAUACUAUUGACUCAGAGGAUAUUCCUGUUAAGGUGGUAAAUGAUAGUCUAGAGGACAAUCAGAUGGACAAUUAUCACUUUGCAAUGAAUGGAAAAUCAUUUGGAGUCAUCUUGGAACAUUUUCCUGAUCUGGUUCCUAAGCUGGUAUUACAUGGAACUGUUUUUGCUCGUAUGGCACCUGAUCAAAAAACGCAGUUGGUAGAAGAGUUGCAGAAUGUUGAUUACUAUGUUGGUAUGUGCGGAGAUGGAGCAAAUGAUUGUGGCGCACUGAAGAGAGCUCAUGGGGGAAUAUCACUGUCUGAGCUAGAAGCAUCUGUGGCGUCACCUUUCACGUCUAGGACCCCCAGCAUUUCCUGUGUGCCAAACCUGAUCCGGGAAGGACGUGCAGCUUUAAUUACAUCUUUCUGUGUGUUUAAAUUUAUGGCUUUAUACAGUCUUAUCCAGUACUUUUCAGUUACCCUGCUCUAUUCUAUACUCAGCAACUUAGGGGAUUUCCAGUUUCUCUUUAUUGACCUGGCAAUCAUACUUGUUGUUGUCUUUACAAUGAGUUUGAACCCUGCCUGGAAGGUACUGGUGGCACAAAGACCUCCUUCUGGUCUCAUCUCAGGACCCCUGCUUUUUUCUGUCUUGUCUCAAAUCCUCAUAUGCCUUGGUUUCCAGACCUGGGCUUUCCUUUGGGUCAAAGAACAGCCCUGGUAUGAAGUGUGGACUCCUGAUUCAAAUGUGUGCAACAUGUCUGGAGAUCUACACUACAGCAACCAUACUGAUGAGCACAACAUCAAGAAUUAUGAAAACACAACACUUUUCUAUGUCUCCAGCUUCCAGUACCUCAUAGUGGCAGUCGUGUUUUCCAAAGGAAAGCCCUUUCGACAGCCCAGUUACAAAAACUGGUUUUUUGUUGUAUCUGUGUUGUGUCUCUACGCCCUCAUAUUAUUCUUCAUGCUGUAUCCCAUUAAGCAGGUUGACAAUUUCUUUGAGUUGGUGUGUGUUCCUUUUGAGUGGCGUAUUAAAAUACUCAUCAUUAUUGUUACCAAUGUGGCUGUAUCAAUAUUGGUUGAGAAUUUCGUCCUUGACAUGCUAUUGUGGAAGCUUGUGUUCAGCCGAGACAAGCAAGGAGAGAGCCACCUCAUGAUCACCCACCCCCCACAGGGUGCCAUUGACCGAUUUGCUGAUGGGGUUUUCUCCUGGCUUUGUUCCUGUAGAAAGAAAACACCCAAAGCCAAAUACAUGCACUUAGCACAGAAACUAUUAGUCGAUCCAGACUGGCCACCAAAGCCAAAAACCACAACAGAAGCGAAAUUGACAACACAAGCAAACGGCGGUUACCAAAUCAUUACUAUGACGUAGCAGAUAUUGUCGGUGUCCUCGUGUAUUUAUUGUGCUUUUUUUUUGUCUGUUUGUUUUAACCCUUAACAUCCAGAUGAGCCCUUGAGACUUCAGUUGAAUCUACAUGACAAUUGAUGAAUAUAUUAUACAGUAAUUGGAGCAGUGGAGUGCUUCUGUUCAGAAACCGAACAUGUGGCCAUGAAUAUGUCUCCCUUUAUCAUCUGAAUGGAUCCCACAAAAUGAAAUCUGUGCAGCACUUUCUUGUUUGGCAGCAAAAAUGUCUACCAACAAAGCUAUUGUUUCUCCUGCCUUUCAGGCAAGGAAUGACAUAACAGUUCCUACUGGAAUCAAUAUUGGUUUUACAUCAUUUCCAUAAAAACAAAAAGAAAAUCAGUAUUACAUGAAAGGUUUCUUCUGCCAGUUGGGCCAAUGCUGCCUGGUGCUGUCCAUGUUUCUGUACUGGUUGGUGACAGUGUCUGUAAUCCACUCAUUUCUGCUCAGAAUAUGUGCAGUUCUUUUGUAAUAUUGAUCACUUUGAAGUUGUAUAAAAGUAUUGGAGCAAACAGUAUUCCUACUAAUAGGAUUCGGUAACAGCCCUGAAGUAGCUUUUCAUCACUGAAUUCAGUACUUUAAGCUAACUCAUGCUUUCACAGCUGCAUCAAACAGAACACAAACAUAAUGGUGGCAUUUAUCAACACUUAUUGUAUUCUUUGCCAUCCUAAGGCAAAAUCUUAUGUGUACACACAGAAGUGGGUCAAAAUAAGCAAAACGUUGUUUUUUUUUGAGCUACCCUCAAAAAUUGUGUGCACCAGCGGACGGCUUAGAGGGAACCAUGUCUCUGUCCAAUGUUUGUUUUUCUUUAAGUAGUAAAGUAUGCAGAUUUAGUGGGUUCAAUUUUUUUGCAGCCCAAAACUGUCCGUUUUUAUUGCUGGGUAAGUACUGAUUUAUGGUAGGGCAAGCCAAAUGGUAGACCCCACUCACAUGUGUUCAUACAAUUAUAUAGAACCUUCAAGCAGUAACUUUAGUAUAGGCAUAGACUUUAAGUUUAUACUUGUCUGAGAGAAACAAUUUGAAAACAAACUAAUCAUUCUAUAAACAGAAGUUCCUUUUAUUAGCCAUAGGAAGUGACAUGUUUAGAUCUUUCUCUGGCAGUAGAACUUUUUUAAGUUGUAUUUUUUGUCCAUAAACAUAAAGUGUUUGUGCAUGAAACUGUUCUGACCCCUCUAUAAAACAUGUCCCGGUCCAAAUUCUAAUUCUGUAGGAGCGUCUUUUUAAAACGGAACCAGAACUUUAUAUUUGUUUCUUGCUAUAUCUAUGCAUUUUUGACCUUAGAGCUGUGAAUUAUAUGACAUAUUGCUGUGGGUUCAGUAUUAUCACUGACCAUUAAGCCGACUCGUUUUUACUUUCCAGGCACUGGAGGGUUAAAGGUCACUUUAAAUCCCUUAUAUCAGUAUUUGUAAUGCUUGAUCACCUAUGUGGGGCUACUGGUUAGUUAACUGCAGGGCUUCAUCAGGAGGUGAAUUAGCCCAAUGUCUGUGGCAAGAUUUUUUAUAUUCUCCUGGCUACCAUUUUAAAUGUUGAAUCUCUCAUUCGAUCUAGCAAAAAUAGUUCCUGUCAGCCUAAGGAUGUUUGAAUUUGUGGCUGAUUUCUAUCCGUGUACAUGUACCUACUUCAUAGCCAAAGGAGUAGUCUUACCAGGGUUUGGCCUAGUCAUUAAGUUGCAUCUAAAUUUAUUGCUGUACUAGAUGUGACUUACAGCUAUCUACUGUAUAUGCGUGGUGUGACCUGGAGUCUGGGCAUUCAGUGAAUGAAAUAACCCAAGCUAGACCAAGGAAGAUGUGCUUAUAUCACCUCUGUUAUUUGCACCAUAGCACACAUAACCAUAGGCUUCUUUAACUACUAUGGCAGUAUACAGGAAACUAUUUUGAGAGUUGGCCCAGGAUAUCCGAUUUCCUUAUGGCCCAGUCUGAUACUGACCCCACAUUUCAUUUUAUUACAACCGAUUAUCAGGUUCUCAAAUGAGAAAUUCACAGUAAACCGUUAUGCGUAAAAUCUUAAAGUCUGGGAAGCUUAAUAUGCUGCAUUUUACUUAACCCUUUAUGUGCCUGGAAUGUUUCAUUUUGCUCAGCUGUUGAUGAACUAAAGCUUUCUUCCAGCUUUAGCACAAGGUUAUCUGCUCGCCUUUGUACUGAGAAGAAAUGGCAGCUUUUCCACUUUACUACUAAGGGCUUUAAAUUGUGGCCUUUAACCCUUUAAUGCUUUUCUCUCCCCCCCAACUAAGUAAGUUCUGUAAAUACUUGUUUUCCGAGGAUACAGAUAUUCAUUUUUUCCUUAAAUUCUUCAGUUACUCACCAGCUAUACAAAAGCUCCAUGUUUUUCUUUUCUUUCUGCGUGUUGUUGUGUUGAGCUGCAUUUGUACAUACUGCUGGUUAAUAUGAGCGCACAGUUGUACAAUAAUUUCUGGCUUUCACCGGAAAACAAAUUGAUUAGUAUAUAAUAAGUAUAUAUACAGUAUAUAUGUAUAAGAAUGAAUUAGCUCUUUUCUAUUAUUGGAUACAUUUGUAAGAAAUAGAGUAUCCCUCAGGGUUUUUAAUUUAUAUUUUCUGUACUAGAGAGCAGAAUAAUGAACCCCUUGGCAGUAGCUGGAAGUCUAGUACUGCUUACUGAUCUUAUCACUAUGUGUUAUCAAGGUGAACACCCCACUCAGCAGGAGGGCUAUUUGUUCCAGUGACAUAUACUCCGUUAUUGAAACUGCCAUGUGUUGUAUGCAUUUCAUAUGAGCCCAGAAUGUCAGAAAUCAUUUUACAUAGCCAGAUUCAUUUUCCCUUAUUGCUCGCCUAUACAGGUAUAGGAUCCUUAAUCUGGAAACCUGUUAUCCAGAAAGCUACAAAAUACGGGAAAGCCAUUUCCCAUAGAUUCCAUUUUAACCAAAUAACAUCUCUGUAGUAAGAUAUAAUUUAAUCCUUAUUGGGAGCAACAUAGUCCUAUUGGGUUUUUAAUGUUUAAAUGAUUUUUUAAUAGACCUAAGACCCCUUAUCUGGAAAACCCCCAGGUUCCGAGCAUUCUGGAUAACAGAUCCCAUACUUAUAUUAGAAAUGUGAAUGUGCGGUUCUCUAAAUCUGAACAACAUCCUAUAGCACCACUAUGUUCCCCAUGGCUACACAGAAGCUUGUUUAUAUAAACUAUAGUAGUACUUAUCUGUUAUCUACUGUGUAUCCUGUGCUUGAAUGGCUGCCCCAUGGCUAAGCAGCAGCAUGUUAAUAUAAAGUAAACUACAAACUACAGUGGGCCCUUAUACCUAAUAGAAUAUUUGAAAAAAAUAAACAAAAUGUGUAUGUAGUUUGGCAAAAAAAAUGAUUAAAAAGUGGUGUAAAUAACACCUAAGAAAAAACAAAUUUCUGAGUAAAUGUCACUGGUUUCUUCUAGUCCUAUUAAUGACCUUGUCUCCACAAGUGACUAUUGCUAAUGUUAGAUUUGGGGAGGAAAUUUUAUACAUCUGUAAAGAAUGCUGCAAAUAAUGCUUGAUCAAAUGAUAUAAGUCACAUACAAGAGGGCUUUUAUAUAUCCUAUUUUUUAUUAUUACCCCAUUCGCUGCUAUUUUGCUGAAUACGUCCAGUGGCGAAGGAGUUAAACUUGCGAUUUUUUUUUUUUUUUAUCACAAACGUAUUUUUUAAUUAUUGCAAUAAUUUAUUUUAUUUAUUUCCCUCUUCUGUGCUUUAUUGUACUUUGUGUUUUUGUACAGUGUAUUGGAGUCAAUGAUGCAGUAUCCUUUUUGUAUGGAGCAAGUGUUUUCUAUGUUGGCCUUUGUUUCACCUCAAACCUACAACCUGUUUGCACUGUCCAGGGUGAGAACCUAAUUUAAAGCACAUAUUUCAUAACUUAUUGAAGAUGCAUAGUACAAAUUUGGGACAUUGCAUAUUUUUAGCUGUUCACAUUCUUAUCUAGAAAAACUUGAGCCCUAGAUUAAAUGUGUAUCUUGGACAGAAGGCCCCUGUACAAACAUGGAAUAAUAGGAGCCUUCUGAAAAUCCAGGCUUUCAAAUUUGUCCACUAAAGCUUUAUGUAUAUUUGAAGACUUUCUUUGACAUCCCUGGGAAUCCACAGAGUGCCUGUAUAGCACUACAGCAUUCCUAGUAAGCAGUUAGAUCAGCCCAUUAAGCAUAUGCAGUGUUCCCAGAGCUGAGGAAGUUGCCUGCCAACACUAGAACAGCAUGAAGCUACAGGGAUACAUUUGGAGUUAUAGCUCCUCUCUGUCAUAAGAUUGCUGUAUUUUUGGGUUCAUAUAAAUAUCUAUGACUAUGACAUAACAUUAAUAUACAAGUCAUCCAAAAUACUGCUGGAACACAGAAUGGGCAGAUUUAUCAAAGGUAGAAUUUUUAAUUUAUGUGAAAUUGUUUUUACUCAAAUGGCUCAACGGACCUCUGCCAUUGACUUGCACAUGAACUCGGCAGGCUUUAGGUGGCGAAAAUUCAAAUUACAACUGUUUCCAUGGUUUUGGUGAAAAAAAUCUAACAUCCUAAUCUACAUUUAAAUUGGUGGAUUCAAAUUCAAAUGUGUAAAUUCGGACACCAAAAUAAUUUUAAAAAAAAAUUGAAUUCAAAUUUAUUAUUCAACCCUUAAUAAAUCUGCCCCUAAAUGUUAAUUGCUAUCACAUAAUCUCAGUGUUCAGUUCUUAUGAGAAGAAUGAAAAGAUGGUAACUUAUUUCUCUUUGGACACAAAGGCAACCAAAAGGGUAACGUUUACUAAAUUGGACCAGAAAUUGAGAGAUGCAUUGUAGCCUGCAUUUUCAGGCAGGGGUUACAUUCCGACUACUGUUUCAGGGUUUAUUUCUUUCUGAAAUGUGUUUCUAGAUAGACAGUUAGAGAUUGCACAGGCAGACAACAAACCAAAGUGUUGUUCCUGGGAGGUGGCUGAUAAACAUUCCCUGGUUGGACACAGAUCGGGUCUAUAUCGACCAUUUCUGCACUUAAAGACCCUUCCGUCAUAUUUACAAUAUUCUACACUCUGAUCCCCAUAGCUUACUGGCAUACGGGGGAGGGACACAAUGCCUCUUGCAGGUAAUAGCAUUAGAAUGCUUCCUUCUGCAUUUUCAAAUGAUUACAAGAUACAACUGGCUAGAAACAGUUGAUCUCAAUGCUUUUCAGUUGAAAGGUAUUUUCUAAUUUCCCACAGGCAGAAGAACAUUGUAGUGGUCUGACAAGUAAUCCGAGACGUCCCCGCACAAUUCAGUUGCAUUGUACAUUCCAAAAACACUGGUUUAUGUGUUUGGAAGAGUUCCCAUAGACUCCUAAUCUGAACCAACAUCAAACGCACAAAUAAGGGCAUGUUGCGCUUGAACUCACAAUGAGAUAAGUGAGAUACAGCUUAAAUGCAGAUUGCCUGGGUAUGACCAAGUAGAAUAAAAGGGAAUCAGCCAGGUCAUGUGCUUAAAGUUAUAUUGGGUAGAACCCACUGCACCUGUUGUUGCUCAAACCUCCAUAUAUUUAUCAGUUACCACCAAUUGCUAUAAUUCACACUACCAACCAGCCCACCUUAAAAAAAAAAAAAAAAAAAAAUCUAGUUCGUUAGCUAGAAGAUGCAUAGCUCAUGCUUUAUAGUUAACAGCAAUCAGUUAUUGUAGUCGUACCUUUUCAUUCAUUCAGACUUUUCCCCCUACUAUCAUGUUAUAGUCUAAGCAGUGCGACAGAAAUCGCAAGAGAGAAUUCGGCUUUAUUCACUUACUCAAGAAAAUCUUGUUGCCCACACUGUAGCAAUAGUAUAUUAUGUAUCUGUAUAGCCACUCGGUAUUUGGAAUAAUCCCAGUUCUGAAGUUCAACAUUCCAGUUGGUCUAGAGCUGAAGGGAGUUCAAACGUUGCUUUGUGCCUUGCAUCUCCAUCUGUUGUGCUUUGUUCCCUGUCGUUGGCCUUGCCUGUAAGGAAAUGGAUGCUGCAUCUUUAUAUAAACAAAUUGCUGCUGUUCAAGGUACCCUACUGUAAAAGAAAAAAAAAGUAUACACGAAGAGCUGUAAAUAUAACAUCUGUACAUAGCCAUGUAAAUCAUUUUGUGAUUUAAGCCCUUUUAAAUAAAAAUACAAAUGAAUGGA